AUUACUUCAUUAUUUACAUAAUAAGAGUUUGUGCACUUUCCGAUUACAAAUGAAUAAUUUUAAUCACUUAAUUGCUUACCUACACCAUAUUUUAAAAAGUGUUGGUUUGUAGGACUCUCUUUAAAUGUUAGGUUAAAUGAAUACUGUAGGGAUUUUACCACUACUUCUUCUUUCCCUGUUUACAUGUAAAUAAAUAAAUAAAAUAAGUAAACAUAAACUAUUAAGACAAAAAUGAGUGGUUUUCUCGCAGAUUAAAGUAAAAUUAUGUUGUUGGUGCAACAAUGUAUGGCAAGUUUAUUCAUACAAAAAGAUAAGGAAAAUAUGUCGAAUACAAGAACUCAUCUAACAAGGUUUCAUCCGUACCACGGUGAAAACAUCAUAUUAUCAGAAGACAACACAGUAGCAUAUCGUAAAACAAGCUUCGCCAACGCUUUAACUUUUAGCGAAAAACCCCUUCAGCCGGGAGAAAUAUUCCUACUGGAGAUUGAUCAGAAUGAGCGCGGAUGGAGCGGGCAUAUGAGGCUAGGUUUAACUCAAUUAGAUCCGUAUACGAUUUUUCAAACGGGCGUUCCUCAAUAUGCGUUACCCGACCUGGCGAGUAAGGGUACCUCGUGGAUAUACGGCAUAACCAAGGCACACAAUCACUCGUACGAAUGCGAGCACGAAAGGAAGCACGGAAAAUGUGGUCAUAGAAGGUUGAGCAACUAUAACGGCGUAAUCCGAACAUGUAGAGGAACCGUACCGCUGCACGUUUUGAAACCCAUCAAGCAUUCCAGUGAUAUUCUACCUACCGAUACGGGUAGUAAAAUAGGUGUAAUGUAUAUUCCGAUAAACGAGCACGAAGCCAAUAUGCAUUACAUCAUUAACGGUGAAGACUUAGGCGCUUGUGUUAAGCAUAUACCUUAUAGUGAUGCACCUCUUCAUGUUGUUGUGGACGUGUAUGGAACUACAAAAAAAGUUAGAAUUAUUCAACUUUACGGAGUACCAACACUGCAAUCGGCAUGUAGAGAUGCCAUUUUACAGCACAUUACAACAAAGGGAGUAUCGGCUUUGCCUUUACCAAAAAUGUUAAAAGAAUACUUACUUUAUCAGAAUUAAGGGUAGUUAAUCUGUAUCUAAAGACUGCAAUAAUUCAUCAAGCAAGUAUGUUUUCAAUUGUUUUAUAUACGCGGCGUAAUCGAUAUUGUUUUUAAUUCAUAAUGUUAUACAUUUGUUGCUAUUGUAUUCUGUUGUACUUCAUAUAAUCGGUUAGAAAAUAACUGUUCAUCUUCUCUUUAUAGCUUUUGAUUAUAGUUUUAAUUUAUG